CAGUCUCGGUUGGCACUUUGCAAUCAGUUCGCAAGUGGCAACCGAUCAGUCCAGAUGGCAGCCGCAGUCAGUCAGGGUCUUGGCCAGGAGGAGGUCUUCGUCAGCCGGGCCGCCAUUCAGCUACAGCUGCCGCCGAUUGUCUACGAGUGGCACACUCUCGUGGUGAACACGCCCCCGGCCAGUCCGCCCUCGGCCCCGGCGGUGGGCGAGUUUGUCAGGAAGGAGGAGCAGAAGGAGGCGGCAGCCAAGCCCAAGGGCAAUUACUAUACACCCCCGAGGAUUUUGGGCACGGAGGCGCAACGCAAGAAUCUGCACCAGACGCUGGGCAACUUUUACGAGGUGGAGCGGUACGCCAGUGCCUGGAAUCGCGUGACCAAGUUGGAGGCAUCCCCCGUAUCCCGUAUCCCGUAUCCCGGGGCCUAAUCGAUUAACCCAUUAAGCGCCCGAGAGCUGCAGGAGAGUGAAAUUCCAUUCCGUUGCCAAAAUUCCAAUUCAUGUUCCCGAAACUGCCGACCCGAGCUGGGCGUGGGGGAAAUGAAAAGAAAGAAAUACUGGCCUAGGCCAAACCCCUAUAUAUAUAUCGUAAUACAUAAACGUAGUGUAAGCAUCCCAUGAAUAUUUAUGUGCCCGCCCGUCCCACUUUCGGGCUGAUAAUGCAAUAAAAGUAUUAUUUGAUAGAUAAA